AGUGCGCAUGUAUACCAUUGUGCUUUGGUCUCCGAGUGAAAAUGGCGGAACGUGGGUACAGCUUUUCGCUGACAACAUUCAGCCCAUCUGGAAAACUUGUCCAGAUUGAAUAUGCUUUGGCUGCUGUAGCUGGAGGCGCUCCUUCAGUGGGAAUUAAAGCUGCAAAUGGUGUGGUGUUAGCAACUGAAAAGAAACAGAAAUCCAUUCUGUAUGAUGAGCGAAGUGUACACAAAGUGGAACCAAUCACUAAGCAUAUUGGUUUGGUGUACAGUGGCAUGGGCCCAGAUUACAGAGUACUUGUACACAGAGCUCGGAAGCUAGCUCAGCAGUAUUAUCUUGUUUACCAAGAGCCCAUUCCCACAGCACAGCUUGUUCAGAGGGUAGCUUCUGUGAUGCAGGAAUACACCCAGUCAGGUGGUGUGCGUCCAUUUGGAGUUUCUCUACUUAUUUGUGGUUGGAAUGAAGGACGACCUUACUUAUUUCAGUCAGAUCCUUCUGGAGCUUAUUUUGCCUGGAAAGCGACAGCAAUGGGAAAGAACUAUGUGAAUGGAAAAACUUUCCUGGAGAAAAGAUAUAAUGAAGAUCUUGAACUUGAAGAUGCCAUCCAUACAGCCAUCUUAACUCUAAAGGAAAGCUUUGAAGGACAAAUGACAGAAGAUAACAUAGAAGUUGGAAUCUGCAAUGAAGCUGGAUUUAGGAGACUUACUCCAACAGAAGUUAAAGAUUACUUGGCUGCCAUAGCAUAAUAAUGAAGUGACUGAAUAAUCUGGAAUUUCAGAUAAUAUAUCUACUUAAAUAUAAGUAUGUUUUCUUUUUUCAGACUUUUUGCAUACUUAUUUCUACAUAGUUGAAUUGACCGAUGUUUUUAAUAUGAAACAAAUCAUAAUAGUUAAAUCCAACUUCCAGCUUUUUUAGGAGUUAGUUAAAUUUUAACUUAGAUAUUUCCUGCUUUUAUCACAAUUGAUUUCUGAAAACUGCAU